UGGUCUUCAGUGUGGGCUGUCUCCUCUAUCAAAAUAGUAAGAGAAAGAGAAGGGGAAGAAGCGGGGUAGAGGAAUUGGUCAACUCAUCAGGCUCAUGACCUGAAGAUUGCAGGUUCGAAUCCUGUCCCCGCCUAAUCAUCUGAGGCCGUAGUCAGCCUCCAUCUUUCUGAUUCGUAAGUAACUCAGUGAGUGCUUUCCUUUUCCCAUGUCUUUUUUUGUCAACAACCAACCACCAUAUAUAGUCAAAAAAAACACUAGUCCUACGCUACAGGCUUUUCGGAGUUCAGUCUGUAGGUCAGAAUUUUUUCUCAAUCAAUAAUGCCUCAACUGGAUAAAUUCACUUAUUUCACACAAUUCUUCUGGUCAUGCCUUUUCCUCUUUACUUUCUAUAUUCCCAUAUGCAAUGAUGGAGAUGGAGUACUUGGGAUCAGCAGAAUUCUAAAACUACGGAACCAACUGGUUUCAAACCGGGGGAACUACAUCCGGAGCAAGGACCCCAACAGUUUGGAGGAUAUCUUGAGAAAAGGUUUUAGCACCGGUGUAUCCUAUAUGUACUCUAGUUUAUUCGAAGUAUCCCAAUGGUGUAAUGCCGUCGACUUAUUGGGAAAAAGGAGGAAAAUCACUUUGAUCUCUUGUUUCGGAGAAAUAAGUGCCUCACGAGGAAUGGAAAGAAACAUAUUAUAUAUAAUCGCGAAGACCGUAUAUGGCACUUCUUCUCCUUUUCCUGGAUGGAAGAUCACUUGUAGUCAUUCCUACAUGCUAAUCUAUGUUCCAUGCGGCCAAGAAAUAAUAAUAAAAUAAAAAAGGUAUUGCUUAUAAUAGUUGCUCGUUCGUUCACGACCACUUGUUAGUCUUGCUAC